CGCCUCCAAAUUUCCUUCAUUUUUUAUCUUGGCCAGAUCAGGGUCGGCCUUGCGAAUCUCUUGCGCUUGAAUUGCGGAUGUUGUUCGAUCGACUAUUCAAAUACAAUACUGUAUGACAAACGACCUAAAAUUCCGUCUGUUUGACAGAAAUCUUGGUCCGCUUGGCUCUUGGUAUUGCAGGCCAAGAAAAGUAUAUCUUCAUUUUUGCAUGCCAUACCCAUCGACAAUUUGGAAAGCUGGGACUGAGAUCGCUGUUGAUUGAACUUUUGGUAAGCGUAUUCGUUUUGUGCAAUGAUCUUGUCAUCGUACGUUCCAAAAAUAUCAUGAUGGCAGUGAAAAAUGGCCAAGAGAAGUAAUCUCAGGUCGACAAUGGAAGGAGUUCUUCUCAUAUAUAAAUACUAGAGCUGUUCUCGUAACACAGUAUCAAAUCAUCAAAUCAUCCAAUCUUUUAUACUCAGUUACUACAUUCAUUCAGUCAAUAUUUCACUGCAUUCUUUCACCAUGUCAAAAUUCAUUCUCGCCGCAACUCUUUUGUCAGCCGUUAUGGCUUGUCCAGAUCAUGAUCUUUCCAGCCAAUCACUUAUGAAGAGAGCUGAUGGACCUGCCGAUUGGGCAUAUGACGCUGCUUACAACUGGGGAAUGAUCAACGAGAACUACACCACUUGCCAAACAGGCACUCGACAAUCCCCUAUCCAUCUCACCACCAGCACCGGUUACUCCAAAACCCACACCCCAACCUUCAACUACUCAAGCUCCACCGCAGGCUCCCUCUACAACUGGGGUUAUGGUCCCGCCUUCUCCCUCACCUCCAACGUCACCGAUCUCAGUGGCAACCCAUCCAUGACCUUCGACAACGAAACCGUCUUCCUCAAAGGCUGGCACAUUCACGCACCAGCAGAUCACGCCAUUGAUUCUGCCCGUUCCAAAGCCGAACUCCAUUUCGUGCACGCCACUGCCUCGGGCGCCGAACGUGCCGUCGUCGCAUUCAUGAUUGAUCCCGUCCCCUUUGGCACCGUCGCCAACUCCACCUUCUUCGACUCAUUUCCCCUCUCAUCCAUCCCCUCCUUCUCAGACGCAACGACUCGCACCCCCCUCGAUCUCGAUCUCAAACAGGCACUUACAGAGAUCAACAACGCGAAGGAUUUCUGGACCUAUGAGGGAAGUCUCACUUCUCCCCCUUGUACAGAGGGCAUGCGAUGGUUUGUGGCUGGAAAGAAGAUGCUGGUCGGAACGGAACAGAUGCAGGAGAUUUUGGCGGUUAGUACCUAUAGUGCCCGUGAAGAACAGGGUAUCUGGGGUCACAAUAUCAAUGUUUAAAUGUGGCGAGAUGAGAGUAGAUGAGAUGUUAUGAAGGCUGGGAGUUGAUUGGUGUUUGGGGCGUGGGAAUAAAGAUUAGGGGCCGA